AUGGUACCUGAGAGGCGUCACCCGCUGCGGGAGGAACAGCGGAGGCAAACUGAGCAGCUGCGGGCCUUCCUGCUGCCGGGACCGCAGGCUGCAGGAAAUUCCAGUGAUUCAGAAGAGGAAGACCAGAGUACCAGCAGCAUAGAAAAUCAGGCCAUCCUGAACUCUCACAGGGUGCCAGAUUCCAAAUCUCAUUCACCACACAUCAAAAUAGAUAUCAUCAGGAAAGUGGAAGCCAAAAACACGCAGCGCUACAAAGUGGAAUAUGAUUCGCAGAGUACAGAUACACUGAAUUUCUCUUCUGAAUCCAAACAAGAGACUGAGUAUGGUCCCUGUCGUAGAGAAAUGGAAGACACUUUAAACCACCUAAAGGUCCUGAAUGUCUUGAGUCCCAGGGGUUUUCAUAUUCCAAAUUGUGACAAGAAGGGCUUCUACAAGAAAAAGCAAUGUCGCCCAUCCAAAGGCCGAAAGAGAGGUUACUGCUGGUGUGUGGAUAAAUACGGACAGCCACUUCCCGGCUAUGAUGGGAAGGGAAAAGGAGACGUCCACUGCUAUAACUUGGAAAGCAAAUGAGGGCUGGGCGCCAGCUCUUCUGGCACCUGUGCGUGGCCGCUGGACCUCGCAGAGGCCUUGGAGGG